AUGUGGACCAGCACGGGCACCGCCUUCGGAAUCCGCGACAUGGCGUCGUUUCGACAGGACGUGCUGACGUGCUACUUCAAGCACAACAAGUUCAGCAGCUUUCAGAGGCAGCUCAACCUUUACGGCUUCCGCAAGGUGGUUAAGGGCCGCGAGUCUGGGUGCUACAUGCACCCUUCAUUCCUGAGGGACAGCCCGGAGAAGCUGACGGAGGUGAAGAGGGGGGUCGUGCCGCCAUGCCCCCCGUGCUACAGCCGCAAGAUCUACGGCAGCGGGCCGAGGUUCAUGAGCCAGGAAGAGGGCAGCGAUUCGGAGCCCGAGCUAGUGGUGCAGGCCAGAGGUCACUGGGAGAAGAGCCUCGGGCCCACCGACGUUGCCACCCACAUGCGCCUGGGGGAGAUGCACAUGUCCGCCGCAGCCUUCGGCGCGGCGCGCGCGCAGAUCCAGGGGGACGGAGCCGGCACCGGCAGUCACGCAGCGGCGGCGGCGGCGGCGGCAGCGGUGCACCACCUGCAGGCGGCCCAGGCCCACAUCCAGGGGGUUCCGGGGGGGGACUCUUCGCGAGGGCCGGGAGGAGUUGUCGUAGGGAUGCCGGAGAUGGAUGCUGCCAGGGGGCUACCUCCACCUCCUGCGGACAUGGACGAAGAAGAGCGCGCGGCGCCGCCGCCGGGAACGGGGACAGGCAGAAGGCGACGGGCGGCCCCGGGGGGCACGGGGCCCCCGGGGGGGGGUGGGGGGGGGGGGGAGUCGCCCUUCUUGAGGGCGUCUUCGUCUGGCAGCGUGGACCGCUCUUCUGCCCAGCAGCCGCAGCCGCACAUGCAGCAGCACCGCCAACAGCAGCCGCAGCACAUGCAGCAGCAACAUCAGAUGCAGCACCGCUUUGGCGGGGCCUCGCCAAUGUCGGAGCAGUCGUCGCCCCACGACGACGCGCGCGGCGGCGGCGGCGGCGGCGGCGUUGGUAGCAUGGGGUAUCUGUCCCCGCUUGCAGCGGCCGGCGGGCAGGAAGGGGGCAUGCCGAUGGGGGGCCCCGCGGUUGAAGAGGUAGGGUCUUCGGCGAGAGGCAUGGGGGACUUCCGACCGGGGCAGACGCCCAUGGUGUCGAGCUUGAGCCGGCUGCUGGAGAACCUGGAGCACACUCUGGAGGCCCCCCUGGCUGAGGAGAUGUACACGCCCAUCGGGCAGCGCAACUCCUUCUGCGCGCAGAUGGUGAACAUCGCGCAAGUUCUCGAGGAAGACCCGUCCUUACAGCAGGGGGCGGAGGGAGAAUCGAGAAGCCACCGUUACUCCUACCUCGCCCAGAAGCGACGGUCGUCUGUGACGGAGCUGGCGUACUACCUGCAGGACAUGCUCGACGAGGGAGAGUCGAACCGCAUGAUCACCAACACGCCGGGCUGGACGCUGCCGCCACCCAUGCCGUCCGCGCCGGGCAGCCUCGAGGGCGCGUUCCCCUCGCGGGAAGGCAGCGGCAGCGGCAACCGCGUCACCUUCAAGCGCACCGCUCCAGAGGACUUCGAGAGCUACGGGCAGUACGGGAUGGGCGGCAACGUCGGCGGCGGCGGCGGCGGUAGUAGCAGGCAGGCUGCUGACGGGAUGGGGGGUCCGCCGGACGCGAGCAACGAGGUGGGGCCCGGCAGCUUCAACCUGAAGCGGGCGAGGGGGGGUCCGCAGAUGGCGGAGCGCUUCCCCUCCGGGAGGGAGGGUCCGGCGGCGGCGGCGGGAGGAGGAGGAGGAGGAGGAGGCGGGGUGGGGAGACACGGGCGGAGAAUGUCGGAGGCUCGGAUGAACGCCAAGGUUGCCGCUAGCCCGAGCGUGGUCCAGGCGCUCACCUGCCUCGCUAGCGGUCUUCCCGAGACUAGCGAUUCCGAGGAGAACACGCAGGAAUCGACGGCGGCGGCAGCAGGAGCGGCGUUGUCUCCUUCAUCGUCGUCCACCGAGCCGCAGGCUCGCGGCGGCGGCGGCGGCGGCGGCGGCGGCGGCGGGGCAGGUGUGAAGAGGGAGGAGCUCAUGCCGCACAGGGUCUCCGAGGAGAGGCCGGACGGGGAGGCUGCCGCCGCCGGCCGAGAGAUGCCGAUGCCGAACGCGCGCCGAGGGAGCAAGGCCAUCAACGACGUCAUGACCAAGUUCUCGAUCGACCAGGCGCUGGAGCAGCUCAAGGGGGAGGAGGAAGGGGGGGAGGGAGGAGGCGGCGGCGGCGGCGGCGGCGGUGGGGAGGACCGGGGCGAGCCCAACCCUUCCGAGCAGUCGAGUGACAAGCAGCGCGCGUCCGUGUACGUGCUCAUGCACGCCAUCGCGGCCGUCGACACGGCGAACGACGAGAUGUUUGGGGAGGAAGAGCCCCUGGAUGGCGUGGAGACUGAGGCGGCGAUAUGAUGAUGGAGAGGAGAGAGCACGCUACGGGGUAGGUAUUUCUGGUAGGAUUUUUUUUUGGCUUUUGGCUUUUGGUCCGGAGACAGGCGCGUAAAUAGGGGUCGUUGUCUUUGGUGUUGCUUGUGGGCGGAAGCCUUCUCGCGGAAACGUUUCGGAACGUUCGGCGGGAAACGGUAUUGAAUCAGGAAAAUAGAUACACAGAUGAAUGAUUGAUGGUAUGUGGUGCUUCUCUCCCCUAGGUUAUCGCGUAGCAGGGGGUAGGGAUGGGUUCGGUAAGGCGGCGCGGUGAUCCAGAGAAAGCUUGGGAUCAUUGCUCGUGAUAAAAUAUUUUCUUGCGGUCGGAGCACUGCAUUUGCCCGCAGCAGACAGAAGCAGAGCUCGCGCCACAAACCCCCUUGGACGAGAGUUGUCUUGUCAGGAUUUGUUGUUGUUUUGUGUGCCGUGUGCUACAACAGGGACCUCGCAUCCUGGGGACCCUUUACCGUACAAGUCUCGAAUCGUUAUAUAGUUGUCGCUGAGUUCAGUGUUUCGCAGGUGGUCGUUGUUCGUGUAUCGGUCAAGGUUUGUGCAAUUGUCCGUCUUUGUUGAUUUGAUUUGUGGUCUGUCCUCUGCUGUGCUAAAGCUUGGAGGAAGUGGUAUGUGCCCUGCACCACUCGGUGUACCUUUCUUUCCUUGGUGUAGAGAAGCGCAACACACACACACACACACAGUCGCCCCUCUGUCCUGCAGCGAUGUGACCUCGGCAGUCGGUGCAGGACGAUGCGGUGAAUGAAAU